GGCUUUUAUUUUGAAACGUUAAAUGCACAACCGGAUGUUCUACCGUUAGUGACAGCUCAUUCUGAGACACCGGAAAUAGUCGUCGGUUUUGGUGACGCUGCAUUAGAGACUGCAAGACAUGGACCGGUCUAGGCUGUUCGGUUUGUUCUCCCUCCUGAGUGUGGCUCUUUCUGGAUCCCAGGCGCUCACCCCGGCUCACUACCUCUCCCUAUCCGAUGUGGCCCGCCUGCAGAAGCUCCUGAGCCAACAGUUCACCGACCUGGACUCCGCUUACUACUCUGUUGUUGGUCUGAGCAAGCUCGGAGCAUCUGUCCCUGAUCAUGAGGGAGUCUGCCAGUUCAUCAAGUCCCAGCUGGACCCCACUAGUGUCGACUCGCUCUUCUUUGCCGCUGAGACCAGUCAAGCCAUUUCCGGAUGUGAGAUCCCCGUGUCCAAUGAGACGCGGGACAUCCUGCUGGCGGCCGUCAGUGAGGACUCCUCCAUGACUCAGAUCCACAGAGCGGUGAGCGCCAUCAGCUCUCUGGGCCUUCCUCUGACCUCACAGGAAGUAGUGGGAGCUCUGACCGGCCGCAUCAACAAGGAGGACAACGUCAUGGCAAUCACUUCGGCUCUGCUAACGGCGGCGCGUCUGUCCCAGGACGCAGAGCUCGGAGGAAUCCUGGAGGAAAUCGAGGAUCUGACCGCUCGCUUGGAUGAUCUUGGAGGCAUCUACCUGCAGUUCGAAGAGGGACUCGAGGCGACCGCCAUGUUUGUGGCCGCUGCUUAUUCCCUCUCUGAUCACGUGGACAUGGAGCCUCCACUGAAGGAGGACCAGGUGAUCCAGCUGGUGAACUCCAUCUUCGGUAAGAAGUCCUGGGACUCUCUCUCCGAGGCAUUCAGCGUGGCCAGCGCCGCCGCCGCUCUCUCCAACAACCGCUUCCACGUGCCGGUCAUCGUCAGCGCUCAGGGCCCGGCCACCGUGUCCCACAGCCAGCCCACCCUGCAGCUCCUCGUCACUGACAUCAUGUCUCAGCCUCUGACCGCCGCCAACGUGCUGGUGGAGUCUGCGUACGCUGUGGCCUCCAAGAGCAUCAUCCUCAGCCAGGCUGCUUUCACACUCAACGACGGCGUCUUUGAACUGAACUUCAUGUCCACCCAGCCAGCCAGUGGGUAUUACCAGUUCACUGUCGCAGUGACCGGGGACAGCCGGCUUGUGGCCAAUCAUGUUGAGCUCAAAGUGAAGGUGUCCACCGAGGUGUCCGUCACCAGCAUGGACCUCUCUGUGGUGGAUAAGGACCAGAGCAUCGGCACAAAGACCGUCAGGGUGGACUAUCCUUCCAAAGCUAAGGUCUCCUUCACCGCAGACAGCCACCAGAACUUUGCCAUGGCCUUCCAGCUGGUGGACGUGAACACUGGAGUGGAGCUGACCCCCCACCAGACUUUUGUCCGCCUGCAAAAUCAGAAAACGGGUCAGGAGGUUGUGUUCGUGGCCGAGCCCGACAGCAAGAAACUGUACAAGUUCGAGUUGGACAUGGCAGAGCGCAAAUCUGAGUUCGACUCCAUGUCCGGCACCUACUCCCUCCACCUCAUCGUCGGGGACGCUACCUUGGAGAAUCCCAUCCUGUGGAACGUGGCUGAUGUUGUUCUGAAGUUUCUGGACGAGGAAGCUCCAGUGGCCAUUCAGCCCAAAACUCUCUAUGUGCCCAAACCAGAGAUCCAGCAUUUGUUCAGAGAACCAGAGAAGAAGCCUCCCACGAUGGUUUCCAACGCCUUCACUGCUCUCAUCCUGUCUCCCCUCCUGCUGCUGCUGCUCCUGUGGUUUAAACUCGGA